UAUUUUAAAAAAUCAAUCCUGGUAUCGAUCAAUAAUUCUCAACAUAAAUGUCACAUUGUGAAAGUGUGAAGGUUCCAAUCCUUCACUGUGACGUCACAGCAAUAUAGCGAUAUUUGUUUUAUUGAUUUUAGAUGAUUGAUAUUGUUUCAUCACCAUAGAGAUCACCUCUCCUCCCCUAUGUGUGCGCGGUCGCGCGCGCGCUCGCUCGUGCGGGUCAGACUGGAACAACAUGGCGGCGGGAGGAGCGUUAGCUUCGGGACCAGUCGUUGUGUGAGAGUCUGUCGACCCGGCAGGAUGAACCUCUGCGCCCAGUACUUACGGUAAGAACCGGAGCGGUGGACAGGUCCGCUCCCCCGGCGGCCCAGACAGGCAGAGGCCCUGAAGGCGGACAUGACAGAUUCAAAGCUGGGGGCGGCGGAGGUGUGGACGUCCCGCCAGGCCCUGCAGGACCUCUACCAGAAGAUGCUAGUGACGGACCUGGAGUACGCUUUGGACAAGAAGGUGGAGCAGGACCUGUGGAAUCAUGCUUUCAAGAACCAGAUCACCACACUGCAGAGCCAGGCCAAGAACCGGGCCAAUCCCAAUCGCAGCGAGGUCCAGGCCAACCUGUCGCUUUUUCUGGAGGCAGCCAGUGGCUUCUACACUCAGUUACUGCAGGAGCUGUGCACCGUCUUCAACGUGGACCUGCCGUGUCGCGUCAAGUCGUCGCAGCUCGGCAUCAUCAGCAACAAGCAGAGCAGCACCAGCGCCAUCGUCACGCCGCAGCCCAGCUCCUGCUCCUACAUCUGCCAGCACUGCCUCGUCCACCUCGGGGACAUCGCUCGUUACCGGAACCAGACCAGCCAGGCGGAGUCAUACUACCGACACGCAGCGCAGCUGGUUCCGUCCAACGGUCAACCGUACAACCAGCUGGCCAUCCUGGCCUCGUCUAAAGGAGACCACCUCACCACCAUCUUCUACUACUGCCGCAGCAUCGCAGUCAAGUUCCCCUUCCCAGCAGCCUCCACCAACCUGCAGAAAGCGCUGUCCAAGGCCCUGGAGAGUCGUGACGAGGUGAAGACCAAGUGGAGCGUGUCGGACUUCGUCAGGGCCUUCAUCAAGUUCCACGGCCACAUCUACCUUAGCAAGAGUCUGGAGAAGCUGGACGCUCUGCGGGAGAAGCUGGAGGAGCAGUUCCAGAGGCUGAUCCUGCAGAAAGCCUUCAGCUCCCAGCAGCUGGUGCACAUCACAGUGAUCAACCUGUUCGGGCUCCACCACCUCAGAGACCUGGCGGCGGUGACUGGCGGCGAGCAGAGCUACAGCAGCGAGCAGCAGAUCAGCUGGUUCCAGCUGCUUGGACUCUUCAUGUCCUUCCUUGGCGUCAUGUGCAGCCGCGUUCUGCUCAACAAGACCCGGGGCGAGGAGAUCAUGGGCGAAUGUCCUCUGCCGGCCAUCAAGGUUUCCCUGGACUGGCUGAGGCUGAGACCCGGCGUGUUCCACGAGGCCGCCGUCGACCGGAGGCAGCAUGUCUGGCCCUGGCUCGUCUCCAUCCUCAACAGUUUCCAGCCUAAAGAGGACGACGUGUCCGGCUCCUCAGCCACGCCCCUGCCCGAGGAGUUUGAGCUCCAGGGUUUCUUGGCUCUCCGACCUGCUCUGAGGUCUCUGGACUUCACCAAAGGUCACCAGGGCGUCCUGGUGGACCAAGACGGGCCACCGCUCCACGCCCGGCACCAGAGACUCAUCAGUCUGGGAAAGUGGGUUGCCGACAACCAGCAGGGGCUGAUCCAGUGCAUUGUGAGCGAAGACGGCCUCCUCCUCUUCAUCACCGACAUUCCGGAGCAGGCCAUCGAGGAGCCACAGGAGAAGGAGGCCCCGGUGCUGCAGGAGUCGUUCAACGGCGAGCAGACACCCCACGACGGCGGGAACUCCGGCCUGAAGUCGGUGCUGUCGGCGGGGAAGACGCAGAGCUCGUGGCCGGACGGCAGCGACCGGCCCGUCGUCACCUUCAAGGAGAACAUCAAACCGCGGGAGCAGAGCCGCGAGCCAACGCGGAGCCAUCCGCUGAAAGACGGCGGCAAAGAGCGCAGAGACUUCACGAAGGGCGCCGGUGCUGCGGGGAAGGGAGAGCCGAAGAGGGACGGGAAGAGGAAGAGCGAGACCAAGAAGAGUGGACACGAGAAGACGACCGAUGCUGGAAAACAGGUGAAGGCGCAGACGGAGCUGAGGAAGACUCCGGUGUCCGAGGUGAAGAAGACUCCUGUCACUCAAACUCAAACCACCUGCUCCUCCCAGUUCAUCCCCAUCCAUCAUCCUGGAGCCUUCCCCCCCCUGCCCAGUAGACCUGGUUUCCCUCCCUCAGCCUACGUCAUCCCUCCUCCCGUGGCGUUCACAGGCCUCCAGGUGAAUCCAGGCUUCACCUUCUCCGCCAGCGUGUCCGGCCCUGGACCGUUCCUCCAGCCGGCCGUCCACAACCAGGCCGGUGCUCAGGUCCAGCCUGGGAAGCCGUCCCACAUUCCCUACAGUCAGCAGAGGCCCUCGGGUCCAGGGCCUGGGAGCCAGAGCCCCUCCCAGGGUCAGCAGCCCCAGAACCAGCAGGCCCUGCAGCAGUCGGUCCAGCUGCAGGUUCAGGCAAUGAGCCAACAGCAGUCUCCCACCAAACCAGUCCAACAGGUCGGAAUGGGGAAGAGUCCGCCUCACCUGCAGCAGCAGUACAUGCAGGUCCAGGACCAGCAGCCGGCCCAGAUGUGGACCCAGGCCCAGGCCGCGCUACAGAAGAUGAGUCCCAUGCAGAUGAGCCUGAAGCAGCCGCAGACGACCUUCUACCUGGCUCCUCAGGACCCUCUCAAACUGUACGAGCACCAGCUGCAGACGCAGACGCAGCUGUCCAAUGUGGACAAGAAGAUCAAGUACCCCGACGUCAAGAUGCAGGACUUCUACUGGGACCCGUCCUACAGGAUGGGGGACGGUCUGUCUGUCAUGGCCGACAGGAUGAAGAGGCCGGAUCAGGACGUGCCCCGGGGGCCCCCCUUCGAGGACAACAAGAGCUCACCUCUCCUGCCUCCCGACCUGCUAAAAUCUCUAGCAGAUUUCGAGGAGGAGGAGGAGCUCAUCUUUUCUAAGCCUCCUGAUUUCUUCCAGGCCUUGGCAGCUCCUCUUACUUCUGCUCCUGGACCAAACAUAUUUCUGCCGCCUCAGACUAGGAUGGAGAGCUGCCCCGAAGUCGUCGGCCAAUCGUCUUCUCUCCUUCCCAUCUCAGGCUUCCCUAUGCAGGAGUACAACCAGAACAGCAUCUUCAGUCAGGCAUACGGCAAGAACCUGCCGCCCAGCUCCAAGCCCGACGCUCCCAUGAUGCACCAGGAGCCGUCGCUCUACUCGCUGUUUGAGGGGACGCCGUGGUCCCCCUCCCUGCCUGCCAGCUCAGACCACUCCACCCCGGCCAGCCAAUCCCCUCACUCCUCCAACCCCAGCAGCCUGCCGUCCUCCCCCCCGACACACAACCACGGAGCCAUGCCCUUUUCUAACUUCGGGCCCAUCGGCACUCCGGACAGCCGGGACCGCCGGGUGGUGGACCGCUGGAAGGCCGACAAGACCGGCGCUGCGAGCGGCUUCGGUCUGGACUACCUGCCGACCGCAGCCUCCGCAGCAUCCGACAGCAGCUGGCACCAGAGCGGCCCGGCCGGCAGCUCCUGGACCAAUCAGGAGUCUCCGAUGGAGGAGUCGUCCUCCACCGUGCUGCUCGACAGCCUCAAGUCCAUCUGGUCCAGCUCCAUGAUGCAGCCCGGCCCAUCUGCGCUUGAGCAGCUCCUCCUGCAGCAGAAGCAGAAGCAGCAGCGAGGUCACGGCGCCAUGAACCCGCCUCACUGAACGGCAGCCAAGGCGGCGCUUUUUGUCCGGACGUCGAAAAAACGACCAACAGGAGAAAACGGGAGGGUAAAAAAAACCAAGAAGUUUGACGAAGACGAGCUCCAACUGAAAUGGAAAUUAAACCGUGAGAAACGGUGGAGGCUGGGGAGGUGACACGACCCCCCGACGAGGCUGACACACCACUCCCACCCCCCCCUCGGCCGUCGAGGAGCGGUGACGCCCCUCCUGGAUCGGAGGGCGCGGGAUCUCUUCAACCAAUGGUGCCGCGCGCCACGGCCGGGUUUCCUUCGACCCGCGGAAAUCUGAACAUUGAAGAACACAACCCCCCCUCGCCACCACUGCCACACCUCCUCGGCCCCGCCCCCAUCUGACCUGAACAACUCGAACAAAACAAAACUCUGGACCUGUGGGAUGCCGGCUCGGUCCCGACGAGGCGCCGGUUUUUAUUGGGUGUGGGAGAGCGAGGACGUGGCAGUCAGGUUCAGGGGGGUCAGGUGAAGCGGCGGGGGAUAAAACAACAGACUGGACUUUCUGCUCUCUCCAUUCAUAUUCAUCACUGUGGAGGAGGAAGAGGAGGAGGAGGAGGAAGGCUCUCUGUAGCUGAUUGGUCGAAUGAAUGAAGGAAGGGAAGAGGAGGAGGAGUUACAGCUAUAUAAAUAUAUAAAUAAAUAUAUAUUGCCAUAGUUGGACUUUAAACGGGCCUCGUCUCUUAGCUGGACGGGACGGGCGUGUUCCCUCGCCAGCUCGACCCUCCCUGAGGGAGGAGCGGCGCCCGGUGACGGGGAGGACGACGUGAAAGGGAGGGGGGAGGGGCUAAGAAGGCGGAGCCCCGUCAGUCUUAGGGAUAGUGUUUAUCGUUAGCGUCGAGAGAUUUUCAGAUAUUAACAAAAAAAAAGAAUCUGUAUUUUGUGAUUUGUUCAUAGCAGUUUUAGCUUUGCGCCUCGGAGGCGACGCAGCUUUGUCUUUAGCUUCUCGCUUGAAUAUGUUCGCUUCUUCUUCCAGUUGUGACUCUGCACGCACGCACACAAACACGCCCCCCUUCCUGUAACUUCAAAGUAAAAGCCCCAGGAACCAAACUCAGGAACUAAAAGCUCCGUCAACUCGGCGACAUCUGACGAGUUAGUGAUUUGAUUAUGGAUCAGUUGUGUGUAAAGUGCAGGCGACGACGUUUCCUGGAACUUUUUUGCUCAAGUUGAUGAAUCAAAAGACAAAAUCGUUGCUCAUUAAUUUUCAGCUGAGUAUCUGAACAUAAACAGAUGAAAUCUGAAUAUUCGACUGUUUCUGAUCAGAAAAUUCAUUUGCUAACUAACCGCCACAGAUUUAUUUUCUCUUUGUUCGAUACAAUAUCAGAAUCAUAAUUUUAAAAAGCAGCGAGACGGUUACCGAGGGAAAGUUUGGCACUUGUAAAUGGACUUUUGAUAAAGCUGUUGGCUGCUCAGCCCCGAGUUUGGUCUGACAGGAGUCGUUUAGUUCCUGAACCAGUUCCUGUGGUGAGACACUUGGUGACUCGCUUUAGAGCCAAUCAGGAAGCAGCGAGCGAGUGAGCGACGGCUGGCCAAUGGGUUCGGCCCCUGCAGGCGCCAGGCUGCACCAGCGUAAACGGUUUAGUUGUGAGGGAAUGAAAAGAUAACGUUCGUUUUAACUUUCCCGUCGAGGACGUUUGACUAAAGCCGACGUCCCUUUUCCUGUGACUGUGCUUUUCAUGUUGCAUUUACAAAAUGUAUUUAAAAAAAAAGAUAAAAUAUUGAAUGUGAGGACGAAUCUGAGCAGACGAGUCGGGAAGCAGCUCGACCUCCGGUGGGUUUUCUUGUUUCUUUUCUUUUGGAGUAAGAACAAAUGGACUGAUCUUCUCCGAGAUGUCGGGUGGGCGGCAGCUCGUCAUUGGUCGAUGCGGCGGCGUAGCUUCAGACCUGAGCGUUGACUUAUCUCUGUGUAGAAUUUGAGAAAUGUGGAAUCAGCCUUUAAAUAAACGUAAACCAUGUUCUCCUCA